AAUUAUUUUUUACCGAGCAACAUUGUCUCUGUUGAUGUGUCGUGAUUGUCCAAUAUAAAAUAUCAAUAUUUUGGAAAUUUAUGAAAGAAACGCUGUAAUUUCUCACAUAUAAAGCAUAUUUACAUACUACUAAAUAUUUUUCACCUAUCAAUGGUAUUGUCAUGGACGAUAGGAAUAUGGAAACUGGCUGCUCUCACUAUAACGACGCUGAAAGCGAACACGCACGGUGUAUAAUUCACAUUGAUAUAGAUUGUUUCUAUGCUCAAGUGGAGAUGGUACGAAACCCCGAACUGCGGUCGGUUCCGCUCGGCAUACAACAGAAGAACAUUGUCGUAACAAGCAACUACGAGGCCAGGAAGUACGGCGUGCAGAAAUGUAUGCUUGUUUCCGACGCUUUAAAAGUUUGCCCCAAUUUAAAACUUGUCAAUGGUGAAGACUUGCACAACUACAGAACUGCUUCUAAUAAGAUUUUUGCUGUGUUACAAUGUUGGAAAUGUCCAGUGGAAAAAUUGGGUAUGGACGAAAAUUACAUUGAUGUCACAAAUUUAGUACAAGAAAAGUUGAAAAAUGCGAAUGUUAGUAAUGUCACUAUUGCUGGUCAUGUGUACAACAAACCCAGUGUGGACUGUCCGUGUGGGUGCCACACUAGACUGAGGAUAGCAUCACAAAUCGCCAGUGAAAUGAGAAAGAAAAUAAAUGAAGACUUGAGUUUCACAACUUGUGCUGGGAUUGCCCACAACAAGUUGUUAGCUAAACUAAUCUGCCCCCAAAACAAGCCUAAUGACCAAACAACAAUAUACCCUGAGCAUGGGACCAGUUUCAUGUCUACUUUACAGAGUGUUAGAGCCAUUCCAAGUAUUGGAUCUAAAACUACAGAAGCAUUAAUUUCUCAGAAUAUCAUAUCUGUUGCGGACUUGCAACAGGCUUCGUUAGAUGAAUUGAAAAAACAUUUUAGCAGUGAUAUGGCAGUUAGAUUGAAAUCUCUAAGUUUAGGUGAAGAUAAUACUCCUGUAAAACAAACUGGCAAGCCUCAGAGCAUAGGUCUAGAAGAUAGUUUCAAGAUUGUCAGUGUCAAGAGUGAAGUAGAGGAUAAGUUCUGUGCCCUGUUGCAGCGGUUGUUAGUUCUUGUGAGAGAAGAUGGUCGCAUUCCAGUUUCUUUGAGAGUUACACUGCGUAAGAAGGAUGCCAAGAGACUGAGCAGUCACAGGGAGUCAAGACAGAGUCAAAUAUCCCCGUCCAUCUUCACUCUCAGUAAUGGCACCCUAACAGUAACAGAAGCAGGCAGGCAAAAACUGAUGACAAUAAUUAUGAGAUUAUUUAACAAAUUAAUGGAUUUGACUAAACCAUUCCAUUUAACAUUAGUGGGGCUAGCGUUCACAAAGUUCCAGGAGCGCAUGACGGGCAGAAGUUCCAUUGUGAACUACUUAAUGAAUGAUAUAUCCGUCCAAUCAGUGCUUAAUUUACAAAAUGAAUGUGAUACCUCUGCUACGUCUAUGGACUACUCGGCAGUGUCGCCGAGCAGUAGCACUACGACUGAUCUCUCCGACGCCGAAGUCGAGCCGUCGCCUAAAAAACCUAAAAAAGUUACGUGGAUAGCAAAAAGACGAUGUUUGUCUAAAGAAGAAGUCGCCUCUCCAAGUAAACUAAAAGUGGGUGAACUCAGACUAAACUCUAAAGAGUUGGAGAAGGUGUCAGAGCUCAGACUCAACUCCCGCGACCGGUCUUUGACGCCUCGCGCUAGUCCUGCUAAAGACAACCUCUCCGACACGUCCGACACUAUGAAGGAGUGCGAGGAGCGGAGUUGCGACGACUGCCCGAGUUACGUCGACAAGGAGGUGUUUAGUGCACUGCCAGGCGACAUGCAGAAGGAACUGAAGGCCAUGUGGAAGAACCCCUCGAGUUCUGAGGUGCCCAGGAGUAGUCCAAGAACCAUGAACAAAGCUAAAUCGAACACAAUUAUGAAAUAUUUUGUUCCACACAAAUAGUAUUAGUAAGAUUUUAUCUUGUUAAUUAUUUUAAGUGAUAAGUGAAUGGUUUCUAUUUUUUCAAAUCAUACAAUUUUUAUUCAGCUGAUCAA